CUGUGUGUUUUAUACAGUCGGAGAGACCGUGGAACAAGGAAGACACCGCGCCACACGGUCGUCACCUACCUGUUGAAUAUUACCUACUGUUUAAUGAUCGAGUCAGGUGUUGGGUUGACAACUUACUCACUGUCGGAGAACAAAGUCGAACCUGGGGAUAAAGGAUAGUCAGUCGAGUUUAGUCGAGGUAAAGGCGGAAGGAAGGAGGAUUUGUGGAAGAGGUAGCUAGCCACUCCAAUGUUUUAACCGGACAGACAGACCACCGGAUUUAUCAACAGUCCAGAAACAGAUUUAUUGACGCCGCCACACGAUGCCUUUAGGACUGAGACGAAAGAAGAACAAGUCGAGGGAGAGCUCGAACCUGGUGGAGAAUGAGGAGGUCGGUGGACACACCGGUGGGCGCUCCGUGAAGUCGACCGUAAACGGUGCUGGGCUCCCACCGCCACCUGCCAACCUGCGGCCCAAACUAGAGUUCCACACUCAGCUCGCCCACGGCAGCCCCACCGGAAGGAUCGAGGGAUUUAAUAACGUCAAAGAACUCUACGGGAAAAUAGCUGAGACGUUCAAUUUAAGUCAACCGGAGAUCCUGUUCUGUACAUUGAACACCCAUAAGAUCGACAUGGAGAAGCUGCUUGGUGGUCAGAUCGGCCUGGAGGACUUUAUAUUCGCCCACAUUAAAGCCAUUAAGAAGGAGGUGGAGGUGUUUAAGUCAGAGGACGCCCUGGGCCUCACCAUCACAGAUAACGGGGCGGGUUACGCCUUCAUCAAGCGAAUCAAGGAGGGCAGUGUGGUGGACAAGGUGAAGGUGAUCUCUGUAGGAGACCACAUAGAAUGCAUCAACGGGAAGAACAUUGUGGGAUCACGUCACUACGAGGUGGCUCGCAUGCUGAAGGAGCUGCCGAAAGACCAGAAGUUCACCCUCAAACUGGUGGAGCCCAUGAAGGCCUUCGAGAUGCUGGAGCCGCGGUCGAAGGGAGCCAAGGAGGCCAGUGACAAUAAGAUGGGGACAGGGAGAGGGACUCUGAGACUUCGCUCCAGGGGCCCUGCUACCGUAGAGGAAGUGCCGACAGAAUUUGAGGAGAGAGCAGUGAAGAAGGUGGAUGACCUACUGGAGACUUACAUGGGUAUCAGAGAUACAGAACUGGCGGCGACCAUGGUGGAGGUGGGUCGGGACAAGAAGAACCCUGAUGAGUUUGCCAUGGCUCUGGACGAGGCUCUCGGGGACUUCGCUUUUCCUGACGAGUUUGUGUUCGACGUCUGGGGCGCUAUCGGAGACGCCAAACAGGGACACGUUUUAACUUUCCCCUGAUUCCCUAGCCUGGUCCCAGAUCUGUUUACAGCUGGCAAGACCUCACAAACAGAUCUGCGACCAGGCUACCAAUCCCCCUGAGUACCACAGCUCCACAUCUUCAUCCAGCGAACUGGACAAAUAACAGCCAGUAGAGAAAGAGGCUAAGGGUGCCUCUGUUUUGUAGGGUUACCAGUGUUGCACCCUAAAAGACAGAAUCACUUCAGUUAUGUCCCACUCAACCUAGUUUCUUGCUUGUGUCCCAAAUGGCCCCUCCAUAUUCCCUUUAUAGUGCACUACUCAUAGGGCCCUGGCCAAACGUAGUGCACUAUAUAGGAAAUAGUGUGCUAUUUGGGAUAUACAUUCUAUGUCCUUUUUCCACAGGUUACAAAAGGGUUCUGAUGUCUGAAUCACCACUACAGCACUUGUCUUUAAUGACUGUGGUGAACCGACAUGGUGAUCACAUACAGUAGACUACUGUUUCUCAGGGCUUUAAUGACUGUGGUGAACCGACAUGGUGAUCACAUACAGUAGACUACUGUUUCUCAGGGCUUUAAUGACUGUGGUGAACCGACAUGGUGAUCACAUACAGUAGACUACUGUUUCUCAGGGCUUUAAUGACUGUGGUGAACCGACAUGGUGAUCACAUACAGUAGACUACUGUUUCUCAGGGCUUUAAUGACUGUGGUGAACCGACACUGAGGAUCACAUACAGUAGACUACUGUUUCUCAGGGCUUUAAUGACUGUGGUGAACCGACACUGAGGAUCACAUACAGUAGACUACUGUUUAUCAGGGCUUUAAUGACUGUGGUGAACCGACACUGAGGAUCACAUACAGUAGACUACUGUUUCUCAGGGCUUUUUAGAAUAGUUCUAAAAUGUUGCUGUGGAGUCUGAACAGCAGCGAUGUAGUUAUAGUGAUGUAUUAUAUAUCGCUAAUGCUGUUAAAGACCCCCCCCACCCCCCUCUACUCCCUCGAUAAUGCUGUUAAAGACCCCCCCACCCCCCUCUACUCCAUCGAUAAUGCUGUUAAAGACCCCCCCACCCCCCUCUACUCCAUCGAUAAUGCUGUUAAAGACCCCCCCCACCCCCUCUACUCCAUCGAUAAUGCUGUUAAAGACCCCCCACCCCCCUCUACUCCCUCGAUAAUGCUGUUAAAGACCCCCCACCCCCCUCUACUCCAUCGAUAAUGCUGUUAAAGACCCCCCCACCCCCCUCUACUCCACCGAUAAUGCUGUUAAAGACCCCCCCACCCCCCUCUACUCCAUCGAUAAUGCUGUUAAAGACCCCCCACCCCCUCUACUCCAUCGAUAAUGCUGUUAAAGACCCCCCCACCCCCCUCUACUCCAUCGAUAAUGCUGUUAAAGACCCCCCACCCCCCCCUACUCCAUCGAUAAUGCUGUUAAAGACCCCCCACCCCCUCUACUCCAUCGAUAAUGCUGUUAAAGACCCCCCCACCCCCUCUACUCCAUCGAUAAUGCUGUUAAAGACCUCCCACCCCCCUCUACUCCAUCGAUAAUGCUGUUAAAGACCCCCCCCACCCCCCUCUACUCCAUCGAUAAUGCUUUAAAGACCCCCCCACCCCCUCUACUCCAUCGAUAAUGCUGUUAAAGACCCCCACCCCCUCUACUCCAUCGAUAAUGCUGUUAAAGACCCCCCACCCCUCUACUCCAUCGAUAUGUUAAAGACCCCCCCACCCCCCUCUACUCCCUCGAUAAUGCUGUUAAAGACCCCCCCACCCCCCUCUACUCCCUCGAUAAUGCUGUUAAAGACCCCCCCACCCCCCUCUACUCCCUCUAAUGCUGUUAAAGACCCCCCACCCCCCUCUACUCCCUCGAUAAUGCUGUUAAAGACCCCACCCCCCCUACUCCAUCGAUAAUGCUGUUAAAGACUCCCCACCCCCCUUUACUCCCUCGAUAAUGCUGUUAAAGACUCCCCCCACCCCCUCUACGCCCUCGAUAAUGCUGCUAAAGACCUCCCACCCCCCUCUACUCCAUCGAUAAUGCUGUUAAAGACCUCCCACCCCCCUCUACUCCAUCGAUAAUGCUGUUAAAGUCCCCCCCACCCCCCUCUACUCCAUUGAUAAUGCUGUUAUUCUACACAGCAUUGAGGAUAUUAUGUCUUAAAAACAAGCCUGGCCUUUGGACCAUAAGACUAUACCUGUGACUGAUAUAGUGACUGAUAUAGAGACUGAUAUAGUGACUGAUAUAGAGACUGAUAUAGUGACUGAUAUAGAGACUGAUCGCGACUGAUAUAGAGACUGAUAUAGUGACUGUUAUAGUGACUGAUUUAGUGACUGAUAUAGAGACUGAUAGAGACUGAUAGUGACUUAUAUAAUGACUGAUAUAGUGACUGAUAUAGUGACUGAUAUAGAGACUGAUAUAGUGACUGAUAUAGUGACUGAUAUAGCACCUUAUUCCUCGUUAUAGUGACUGAUAUAGUGACUGAUAUAGCACCUUAUUCCUCGUUAUAGUGACUGAUAUAGUGACUGAUAUAGCACCUUAUUCCUCGCUAUAGUGACUGAUAUAGUGACUGAUAUAGCACCUUAUUCCUCGUUAUAGUGCGCUAUAUAGGGAUUGGGGUUCCAUUUGGGAUACACGUGAGGGACAAUUAGUAUCUGAUUGAUUUAAAACCAGCAGUUCCUUAUUAGAUACAAAUGUCUGAAUCUGUGAGGAACAUUGUGAAACACCAUGUCUCCUAGAGCCUACAGAGGACUUUGAUGGGUUUUUAUUCUAGCUAUGGAGAGUGAACUAACAUUCACUUUUCGUAUCAUUUUUUUCUCCAGGCUGCUUAGUAUGUAACUGAACUGUAAUAGAUAAAUACUUCUACUUUAUUUUUUAUUUGUUCAAAUAGAAAAUUGUUCACUUGAUAUUUUAAGCUGGAAAAUGUUUUAUACCAUCUCAAGACCUGGCUCCACCAACAAGCGGAAUUCUCUUUUGGAAUACAGAUUUCUCUUUUGGAAUUCAGAAUUCUCUUUGGAAUUUGGAAUUGUCUUUUGGAAUUCAGAUUUCUCUUUUGGAAUUUGGAAUUGUCUUUUGGAGUUCGGCAGCCAUCUUGAAAGGCUAUCGAGGUGUCACUGUUAAAAAUGUCUUACACUGUUGAAAGAAACUACUGUAGACUGAAUUGAAAUCAACACACUGAAUUUGAAUAGUAAUUCUUAGUGUAGUAUUUGUAUUGAGUUGUUUUCUAUUGAACAUUGCAGCUUCAUAGUGUUUUCUGACAAUACAUAAAGGGAUCAAUCACUGUUAUGUUUGUUAGAUUCAAAUAAAAAAUACUAGUUCACAA